CAUAAUCAGCCUGUCAGCUGCGCAACCAUCGAGUUUGCUUGGCGGUGGGACAACGUGCUCUCAAACGACCAGCCGCACUCUCCUCUCGCCGUCACCAUUGAAGAAAUAUUCGGCCACAUGGCUCCCAAAAAAGAAGAGAAGAAGCCCACCAAGGCCGCAGGGGCUGCUGCUAAGAAGGAGAAGAAGCCAGCCGCCGCGACCACGAGUGCGCCUAAAACCCCGAAGGAGAAGAAACCAAAGGUCAAGAAGGUCAAGGUCAAUUUGACGGCGCUGCAGAAGCGGUUGAAAAGUAGGCAGAAAAGGAGACAGCUAGCAAUCAAUAAGGCGCUCAAAAUCCAGAAGAAGGUAAUCAAAGUCGCUGAUGGCGAAAGAAAACGAGUCCGCAAGAUCCGACCCACCAUCCAGUUCAAGCGACCCAGGACGUUCCGCCCCCCAAGGAAGCCCAAGUUUCCAAAGAAGGCCGCCCCCCGUCGUUGUCGUAUGGACGCCUACAACGUGAUUCAAUACCCUCUCACAACCGAAUCCGCAAUGAAGAAGAUUGAAGAUAACAACACCCUCGUCUUCAUCGUUCACCUGAAAUCUAACAAAUUUCACGUAAAGGCCGCCGUUAAAAAGUUGUACGAAGUGGAAGUAGCAAAGGUCAAUACUCUGGUCAGACCUGACGGCAAGAAGAAGGCGUACGUUCGACUGGCUGCGGAUUUCGAUGCGCUCGAUGUUGCCAACAAGAUUGGCAUUAUAUAAGAAAAACAAAAUAUUCCUCUGUUUUUACUGAUUUCCUCCAAGCUUAGUAAGACAAAGAAAUAUACUAAUCUUUUUCUUGUUAAAUUACA